CGAGGAGCCCAGCCCACCCGAGCCGGGUCGCGGUCACCCGAGGAUCUCCGGGCCACCGUGCCGGCAGGAAGCCCGUCCCAGAACCCAAAGGUUUUAUUUGUGGCAUGCUCAAACUCAAAGCUGAAAGAAGAAUAAAUUCCAAGUGUCGAAGGUUGUGUCCUCUUGAACCCAGGACUUGCUAGUGAGUUGCAAAGAACCUCUGUCCCCAUACUAGCCAAGCACUAUGGAGAAAAUCAGCUCUUUCUUCAGCUCUAUCUGGGACACCAUCCUGACCAAACACCAAGAGGGCAUCUUCAACACUAUCUGCCUGGCUGUCCUCCUGGGGCUACCAUUAUUGAUGAUCCUCAUCCUCUUCUUCGUCUGCUGCCAUUGCUGCUGGAGCCGAGCAGGCAAGAACCACCAAGAGCCAGAACGACACAAGAAAAAGAAGAAGGAUGAAGAAGACCUCUGGAUCUCUGCUCAGCCCAAGCUUCUCCAGAUGGAGAAGAGGCCAUCACUGCCUAUUUAUUAGCAGUAAGCACAGGUGUCCUUCCUCUGGGGCCAAACCUCCUUCCAACUACACAGAGACUUCUCCCUGAGAAGGACUCCCUGAAAUGAUGCACUCAUGUUCACAGAGUAACUACUCAACCGAGGCACAAAUCUCAGACUGAGUGUCCCAGGGGAGCACAUGAACAGUUCUUGCCCUGCCUUGGCAGCUCUGAGCCCAAUAGCAGUGCUUUUUGCUACAGAACCAGACAUGCAUUUCACCUGUCUCUGGCAUACUCCAUAAAUAAAAGCACAAGGGACAUCCAUGUAUACAUGUUGAUAUGGCUUCCAAGUGUACACACAUACUAGUAACUGCAAAUUCAGACAGCAGGUACAUGGGCAAAUGUAUUCCAUUCAUCAGAUAGCCACUGAACGCAUACUUCAAGGAAGACAGUACAGAAAUGUCUCAUGAGUAAGUGUGCCCAGGUGUAGGGAAAUAUACACAAUUAUAUAGACAGGCAAGACUCCUGUCUGUUGCAUCUACCACACAGGAUGGAGAUGAAUGCUUUCCUAUUCCCAUAUUUACAUAGCUUUUUACUGGAAUAUUCACAUGUGGACAUUCCAGCGACCUGGUACUGUCCUCUCCCGGUAUAUCUUGAUACGGACACACCAAGUUACCUGUACCUAAAAGUUUAGAGUGUGAUGGAUUAAUACUCACGGACAGCUCUUUUCUUGGAACUAAUGACAAGGUCCUCAUUACCACUAAUGGAUGUUUAAUGUCCAAGACCUCUCCAGGAUGCUACCCCUUAACCUAGAUAGACUUUUCCAAGCAAGAACAAACAAAACACUCUUGGCAGUGACUACUAACAAGUUAUGAAAAGCCACUCUUUUACUUCAGUGGGCUGCAAUUGUGUAGCUGGGCAAUGCAUGUUUUAUAGAUGUAAAGGGUAAUUAGGUGCUGCACCAGAGCUAGGUAUCUUCUUUGUGUCCCAAGGUUUGCAGUAGGGAAGGAAUUAAAGACAGUCACCAGUCCAGUCUCAAAGAAGUCACACCGGAAAUGACUUCACGAGUGUGCAGUGGGUGCAUGGUAUGUUGCAAGAAUGCAGGAGUAACAGUUUCAAUGAAACUAGGCUGAAGCUAUAAAGCAUUUAUUAAUAUUUAUCUUGAAGCUCAGGCAAGUAGGUACUCAUAACUGUGGUUGCUGUUGGCCAUGUGAUAAGGUUAAGCGUAAGCUUGUAAUACCUCACCAUUCCCCCAAGUGACCUUCUCUUCAGCGAGAGUCCCCUAAUUGCUGCAGUGGACCAGACUAGGUGUUGGUUUGCAGGACAGUACAUGCAGAGCCAGAGGCUGAGCUCAGUGACACAGGUGCCCUGAGGUACAUGCGGACGUGUAAACAUGAUCUGCAGUGAGUCGCAAGUUUCUCCCCUGCCCCAGGCUGAGGUUCAGAAGCAGAGUUAAUGCACCUCCAUGAUGAGCUGGUUGUGUUUUGAUUCUACUGUGACGACAUUACAAAGACAGUUCCCAACUUGGGAGUAGAUUGUAUUCUAAGAGUUCAUUUGCAAAUCUGCUGGGGAGCUUUCUAGAAAUAUUUCCCAUGGAAGCUGUUCUCGACAGUGGCAAAAUCACUGUCUAAUUAAUAAGAUAGCUAAGCUAUGACAGUUAUAGUAGCAAAAAAACCAAAUCCAAUAACGGUGUGAGUGGAAAGAUGUACUGUUUGCUCACUCCACUCCGGUUACCUGGCACUUACCUGUCCUCCCAGUGUACCCCGGCCCCUGGAGAGGGGCUAUCUGCUAGUGACUGUUAUCAGGAUCGCCUAACUGACAGCCAUGUGAAUCAUAACUUAGGCCUGCAUGUAUUUUCGAGCCGGUCGCCCUUUCACUCUACAUAGCCCUAAAUUCCCUCGGCAUUCAGGCCUGGGCAUU